GGGGAGCGGGCUCGGCCGCACCUGGGGCCGGAGCCCCCGUGCGUCUCCCCCUGCGCCGCCCCGGGCUGCGCCCCGCGCCCGGAGGAUGCCCUGGAGGGGGCGUCUUUCCUCAAGCAACGCUGCGCUCACCCCGAACCCUAGCCGCUCCUCCUAGGCACCGCGCAUUGUUUUCCCCCUCGGGGCGAAGUAACUUUUGCCUUCCCGCCUCCCCCCAGUCCUGGGGACCAGAGGCGGCGCCGAGCCUGGGGGCGGUUCCUUGGCAGCGCUGAUUCGAGUCUGAGCCAGACUUUGGGUCCUGGGCUUGGUUUGCAUCAUCCCCAUCACACCCCUGGAGAGCAGCGCCCGCCCUGCUCCGCAGCCUCGGCUUCCGGCGCCCCCCGCCCCUGCCGCCCCUUCCCCUGCGCCCGCGCCUCGCCCCGGCGUUUUACCAUCCUCUCCCCCGCUCCGCAGCGCUUUCCUCCUGCUCCCUCCUGUCGUCCAUUUGUCGUUUGAUGUUCCCCACUCUUUUGAGGAAGGAUGGUUGAUCUGGAGAGCGAAGUGCCCCCUCUGCCUCCCAGGUACAGGUUUCGAGAUCUGCUGCUAGGGGACCAAGGAUGGCAAAACGACGACAGGUCUCUCCAAAAUGAACAUGGUGAAAAUCACUUAGUACAUAAAUUGAUGUCAUUCAUUAUCAGUGUUGUGUCUGAAAUGAUGGAAGACAAAACAUCAUGUUACUUGUUGAAAACUCUGGGAAGAAAACUUGGGAGAGGCAUAAAAAGAGUACAAGUUGAAUUCUAUAUGAACGAAAACACAUUUAAAGAGAGAUUAAAGUUAUUUUUCAUUAAAAACCAGAGAUCAAGUCUAAGAAUACGCCUGUUCAAUUUUUCUCUCAAGUUAUUAAGCUGCUUAUUGUACAUAAUCCGAGUACUACUAGAAAAUCCUUCACAAGGAAAUGAAUGGUCUCACAUCUUUUGGGUGAACAGAAGUCUACCUUUAUGGGGCUUACAGGUCUCAGUGGCAUUGAUAAGUCUGUUUGAAACCCUACUCCUUGGUUAUCUCAGUUAUAAGGGAAACAUCUGGGAACAGAUUUUACGAAUACCCUUCAUCUUGGAAGUAAUUAAUGCGGUUCCCUUCAUUAUUUCAAUAUUCUGGCCUUCAUUAAGGAAUCUAUUUGUCCCAGUCUUUCUAAAUUGUUGGCUUGCCAAACAUGCCUUGGAAAAUAUGAUUAAUGAUCUGCACAGAGCCAUUCAGCGAACACAGUCAGCAAUGUUUAAUCAAGUUUUGAUUUUGAUAUCUACAUUACUAUGCCUUAUCUUCACCUGCAUUUGUGGAAUCCAACAUCUGGAACGAAUAGGAAAGAAGCUGAAUCUGUUUGAUUCCCUUUAUUUCUGCAUUGUGACGUUUUCCACUGUGGGUUUUGGUGAUGUCACUCCUGAAACAUGGUCCUCCAAGCUCUUUGUCGUUGCUAUGAUCUGUGUUGCUCUUGUGGUUCUACCAAUACAGUUUGAACAGUUGGCAUAUUUGUGGAUGGAGAGACAAAAGUCAGGUGGAAAUUAUAGUCGACAUAGAGCACAGACUGAAAAACAUGUUGUUCUGUGUGUCAGUUCCCUGAAGAUUGAUUUGCUCAUGGAUUUUUUAAAUGAAUUCUAUGCUCACCCAAGACUACAGGAUUAUUAUGUGGUGAUUUUGUGUCCUACUGAAAUGGAUGUACAAGUUCGAAGGGUAUUACAAAUUCCAAUGUGGUCCCAAAGAGUCAUCUACCUUCAAGGUUCAGCCCUUAAAGAUCAAGAUCUACUGAGAGCAAAGAUGGAUGAUGCUGAAGCCUGCUUUAUUCUGAGCAGCCGCUGUGAGGUGGACAGAACAUCAUCUGAUCACCAAACUAUUUUAAGAGCUUGGGCCGUAAAAGAUUUUGCUCCCAAUUGCCCUUUGUAUGUCCAGAUACUAAAGCCUGAAAAUAAAUUCCAUAUCAAAUUCGCUGAUCAUGUUGUUUGUGAAGAAGAGUUUAAAUACGCCAUGUUAGCUUUAAACUGUAUAUGCCCUGCCACAUCUACACUUAUUACACUACUGGUCCAUACCUCUAGAGGGCAGGAAGGCCAGCAAUCACCAGAACAAUGGCAGAAGACAUAUGGCAGGUGCUCUGGGAAUGAAGUGUACCACAUUGUUUUAGAAGAAAGCACAUUUUUUGCUGAAUAUGAAGGAAAAAGUUUCACAUAUGCCUCUUUCCAUGCCCAUAAAAAGUUUGGUGUCUGCUUGAUUGGUGUUAGGAGGGAGGAUAAUAAAAACAUUUUGCUGAAUCCAGGUCCUCGAUACAUUAUGAAUGCAACAGACAUAUGCUUUUAUAUUAAUAUUACCAAAGAAGAGAACUCAGCAUUUAAGAACCAAGACCAGCAGCGAAAAAACAAUGUAUCAAGGUCGUUUUAUCAUGGACCUUCCAGGUUACCUGUACAUAGCAUAAUUGCCAGCAUGGGUACCGUGGCCAUAGAUUUACAAGACACGAGUUGUAGAUCAGCAAGUGGUCCCACGCUGUCUCUUCCUGUAGAGGGAAGCAAAGAAAUAAGAAGACCCAGCAUUGCUCCUGUUUUAGAGGUGGCAGACACAUCAUCAAUUCAAACAUGCGAUCUUCUAAGUGACCAAUCAGAAGAUGAAACUGCACCAGAUGAAGAAGUUUCUUCAAACUUAGAGUAUGCUAAAGGCUACCCACCUUAUUCGCCAUAUAUAGGAAGUUCACCUACUUUUUGUCAUCUCCUCCAUGAAAAAGUGCCAUUUUGCUGCUUAAGACUAGACAAGAGUUGCCAGCAUAACUACUAUGAGGAUGCAAAAGCCUAUGGAUUCAAAAAUAAACUUAUUAUAGUUGCAGCUGAAACAGCUGGAAAUGGAUUGUAUAAUUUUAUUGUUCCUCUCAGGGCAUAUUAUAGACCAAAGAAAGAACUUAAUCCCAUAGUACUGCUACUGGAUAACCCGCCAGAUAUGCAUUUUCUGGAUGCAAUCUGUUGGUUUCCAAUGGUUUACUACAUGGUGGGCUCUAUUGACAACCUAGAUGAUUUGCUCAGGUGUGGAGUGACGUUUGCUGCCAACAUGGUGGUGGUGGACAAAGAGAGCACCAUGAGUGCCGAGGAGGACUACAUGGCAGAUGCCAAAACCAUCGUCAAUGUGCAGACUCUUUUCAGGUUGUUCUCCAGUCUCAGUAUUAUUACAGAGCUUACUCACCCAGCUAACAUGAGAUUCAUGCAAUUCAGAGCCAAAGACUGUUACUCACUUGCUCUUUCAAAACUGGAAAAGAAAGAACGAGAGAGAGGUUCUAAUUUAGCUUUUAUGUUUCGACUGCCUUUCGCUGCUGGAAGAGUGUUUAGCAUCAGUAUGUUGGACACACUUCUAUACCAGUCAUUUGUGAAGGAUUAUAUGAUUUCUAUCACCAGACUUCUGUUGGGACUGGACACAAUACCAGGAUCGGGGUUUCUUUGUUCUAUGAAAAUCACUGAGGAUGACUUAUGGAUCAGAACAUAUGCCAGACUUUAUCAGAAGUUGUGUUCUUCUACUGGAGAUGUUCCCAUUGGAAUCUACAGAACUGAGUCUCAGAAACUUACUACAUCUGAGUCUCAAAUAUCUAUUAGUGUGGAAGAGUGGGAAGAUACCAAAGACUCCAAAGAGCAAGGGCACCACCGUAGCAACCACCGCAACUCGACCUCCAGUGACCAGUCAGAUCAUCCCUUGCUGAGGAGAAAGAGCAUGCAGUGGGCUCGAAGACUGAGCAGGAAAGGUCCAAAGCACUCUGGUAAAACAGCUGAAAAAAUAACCCAGCAGCGACUGAACCUCUACAGGAGGUCAGAAAGACAAGAACUUGCUGAACUUGUGAAAAAUAGAAUGAAACACUUGGGUCUUUCUACAGUAGGAUAUGAUGAAAUGAAUGAUCAUCAAAGCACCCUCUCCUACAUCCUGAUUAACCCAUCUCCAGAUACUAGGCUUGAACUAAAUGAUGUUGUAUACUUAAUCAGACCUGAUCCGCUGUCCUACCUCCCAAAUAGUGAACCCAGCCGGAAAAACAGCAUCUGCAAUGCCACUGGUCAAGAUUCUCGGGAGGAAACCCAGCUUUGAUAGCAAGAAAAUAAGAGACAUUUUUUUUUACUCCUAUGAGGAUCUUGCUUGAAAAACUAACAUGUUGCUGCCAUUGAAAGAAAGUAGAUUAGAAUGUAUUCAAUUCUCUCAUAUCUAAAAAGUAAAUCUAUUCUCUUAGAAGUAUAGACCAAUUUAAAACUUAAUGUACCAUUUAAUGGUACUUCCCUUGUUAAUAUUGAAAAGAAUGAUUCUGAAAACCUAAAUUAAAAAACAAAAAUUGAAUUCUGAUAUUUGAUGUUUGAGUAUAGUCCGAACUGUACAAAACUAAUUUUAAAAAAUUAUUACAGUUUUCUUAAAGUAAAAAUUCUAACAAUAUUUGGUAUACCACAGUAGACAUAGAAGAUUGUUGCUCCUGGUAACACUUAAAUGUGUCAUAUUAUGUUCUUUAAACUUGCUGUUUUAUGAAAUUGAGCUCAUCAUAAAUGCCUAGUCUUCUCUAUAUAGGGAUUAAUCAAUAAAUUUAUAUGGCUGAAUUUUGUGUGAAAAUUAUAGUUUGCUUUAUAAUAUACAUUGUUAUUUUAACUUUUUUUCUUGUCUUUUCAUUUAAUGCCAUAUUCAUUUUAGAAUUUCAGAUGUUCAUAGCAUGUUUAAUAAACAAAAAGAUAUAUUCAGUUCCCUGAGCUUUUUGGUAACUUAAUACUUAACAAACAUUUUAUGCCAAGAAAGUGUACUAAAAGUCAAAUAUCUACUGUUCUCCUAAAGAAAAUGCCUAGCAUGGAGAAAAUAUUGAAUGCAUAUUCGUGAAUUUUAAUAUAAGAACUGAAACUUUAACUGGAUUUCUGAAAUAUGCAGUAAUAAUUUUCAUUUGACUCUUGAGUUUUAACAAUUUUCUUGUAUCUCUAUAGCAAAUUUACAUUAGAAAAAUAAUUUAAUAUUGAAUGGAGAAUAUUUAUACUUUUAUGGACUACAAAGACACUUUAAAACCUUAAAUAUCUUACUUAUAUCUUUGCUAUUGAAGUAAUCACACUCAAAAACAAUCUGUGAAAAAUUUCAAUUUAAUUUGAAAAACCUUCUAUACUAUAAAUUCUAUAGGAUCUGUAUUAUAACAUUGGGAGGAAAAGUAUUUAAAAUAGCACUUCUUGCCUUUUAAAUUUAAUAUUAAUCAUUCCAAAUUUGACAGUUGUAAAUAUAUAAACUAAAUCUUGAGGAUAUUAACAAUUUUUCUGAAUUAUUUUUGCUUCUCCUAUGUAGACUAAAAAGCACAAGAGAAAGUACACAUAGCUUUCAGAUAAUAGUAUAGUCAAGUGUUCCCAUAGAAAUAUUGGAAAUUUCAAAAGAUGUUUUUCUUCUAACUGUAUGUUAUUUUAUUUUAUUUUAUGUUAAUUCCCUGAGAUUGACAGUUUUACUUCAUAAAAGUAAGACAUAUUAGAAAAAGACAUUUUUGUCCUUUCUUUUCAUAAUGAAAAAGAAUGUUUGAAUGGGAAUAGAAUUAUUAAAAUGAUAAAAGAAAUUUAAUGUUUUCCCAAUUAUUAUGCAGAAAAAAAUGUAAAACAUGCAACAUGAAAUUGAACAUUAUAACCAUCACAUAAUUUGGCCCUACAAAUAUGAAAUGUCAUUGCUUUCCAAUGUUUCACAUUACUCACAUUUUAGAAUAACAAGAACACCAGGGAUUUCAUCUAAAAUAGAUUAAAACUCAUUUUAGUUUUAUUUGGUCUUCUUUGAUCUGUCAGAAAAAAGGGAAAAAAAUAAAAGGUUACUUAAAGUUGGAAGCAUGCCUUAAAAUUUAAAAAUUGUUUGCAUAUGUGUAUAUGUUUGAAAUGUAAAAUGCAUUUGACAAGCAUUCUUAGCAUAUAUUGGUAAAAUUGAAGGUGGAAAAGAGUGAAUGUAAUAGGGAAAAAUUGAAUUUAUUGAACUUGCUUUUGUUAUUUGCACACCAUUAAUGAAGUAUGAUCUUUCUUUGAGUUGGCUUUUUUUUUAUCAUCGUUACAGUCAUUUUUAGGAAUUAAUGUAGAAUUUUACAUAUCUGUUUUCCCCACAAGAUCUAUAAUUUAGUAUUUUUACAUUAUGACAGGUAAGACUAGGAUUUUAAGCUAGAAUACGGUUAUAUUUCCUAUAGAAUUAAAAUUUUUCUUUCAUAAAUUUUAAAAAUUAUUUUUGAUUAUGAGCAUAUUAGUCCAAAUUUAAUAUUUGACAAAAUUCAUACCAGCUUGCUAUAAUGAUGAUAGUUUAUUAGUCUUUCUGAUUCUUUAAAAAUAAAACAUGCUUAUAAAAGACUUUUAACAAACUGUUGCCUUUUUAAAACAAUUAUACUUGCACAUGAAAUAUAAAGUUAAUAAUUGUUCUGUAGCCCUAGGGGAAUUGGUUCAGUUUAUUGCUAUGUAACAUUUUGCUACCAGUUAUACUGAAUUGCUUUGAAAUAAAUAAUAAUAAAAUUAUUUCUGAUGAUGAACA